AUGUGAGAAAGUAAUUGAAUAAAUGAGGAUGAAAUUCAUUUGAUUAAUGAUUGUUUUUUGCAUGAAGAUGAAAGAACUAUGGGGUUAGAGAAAAAUGGAGGACUAGAGGGGGUGGGUGAUCAGAAGAAAAUUCAUGCUACAUGAGGUUGUGCUAUAUGCGGAGAAAUUUGUUAUUGGAUGAAGGGGGAACAUGCGGAGGAUUUGAAGGAGUAG